GGCCGGGACGUCAGUCACUAACAACACACAACAUGGCGGCCAGCGCGGAGCGGAAUCCACCGCCUUUCCCCGGAGCAGCGGAGCCCGAACCCGGGCCGUGUGAGCCGGCCGAGGGGGACAGCGACGAGGGGGAGGACAUCUUCGUCAGCAACAGGACUGAUCCGGUUUCCGUGAGCCGAGGAGUGUCUCAGCCGGAGCAGGUGGAGGAGGAGCCCGCAGAUCUGUUCAGCGAGGAGGAGGAGGGCAGCACCGCCACGGCCAGGUCCAACGGCGUCAACUCCGACGACGACAGCGACCUGUUUUCACAUGCCCACAAGGAUUUAAACACAGGCAAGUCCAGUAGCUCUGCUAGACAGGAUCUCUCGACCUCCUCUGGCCCUCGGCCUGCCUCUUCCUUCACCCAGAGCCCUGCAGCGCUGCAGCCCACCUCUUUGGAGCAGUUGGAGGAGGAAGAGGGCAGGGAUAUGUUUGAUGUGGAUGUUGCUGUUACCAACCCUGAGAAAGUCGGAGAUGGCAUGAAUGCAUAUGUGGCCUACAAAGUAUCCACCAGGACUUCCCUAACGAUGUUCAAGAGUAAGACCUUCUCUGUGAGGAGGCGUUUCAGUGACUUCCUGGGUCUCUAUGAAAAGCUGUCUGUCAAGCAAUCAUUUCAUGGCUGCAUUAUUCCCCCACCACCUGAGAAAAGCGUUGUAGGAAUGACCAAAGUCAAGGUGGGAAUGGAUGACCCGUCGUCAGUGGAAUUUGUGGAGAGAAGAAGAGCAGCUCUGGAGAGGUAUCUUCAAAGAGUUGUUUCUCACCCACUGUUGCUGCAAGAUCCUGACGUCCGUGAAUUCUUGGAGAGAGAAGAUCUUCCCAGAGCAGUGAACACCCAGGCGCUGAGUGGAGCUGGUUUCCUCAAAAUGAUCAACAGGGCAUCAGAUGCUGUCAACAAGAUGACCCUCAAGAUGAACGAGUCUGACACUUGGUUUGAGGACAAGUUCCAGGAGGUGGAAGCUGAGGAGCAGCAGCUGAGGAAGCUUCAUGCUGUGGUCGACUCCCUCGUCAAUCACAGGAAGGAGCUGUGUGGGAACACAGCCAUAUUUGCCAAAAGUAUGGCCAUGCUGGGGAACUCUGAGGACAACACGGCCCUGUCGCGGGCCCUCUCCCAGCUGGCAGAGGUGGAGGACAAGAUGGAGCAGCUGCAUCAGGAGCAGGCAGCCAGUGACUUCUUCAUCUUUACAGAGUUAUUGGCUGACUACAUUCGUUUGCUCGGUGCUGUGCGGGGGAGUUUUGAACAGCGCAUGCGCGCCUGGCAACGAUGGCAGGAGGGUCAGAGCACACUGCAGAAGAAGAGGGAGGCUGAAGCCAAGCUGCUGUGGUCUAAUAAACCAGAGAAACUGCAGCAGGCGAAGGAGGAGAUCACUGAGUGGGAGGCGAGGGUUACUCAGUACGAGAGAGACUUUGACAGGAUUGGGAUGACUGUGCGCAAAGAGGUUCUUAGAUUUGAGAAAGAAAAAGCCAAGGACUUCAAGAGUCAGAUAAUCAAAUAUUUGGAAGCAAUGCUGCAGUCUCAACAACGGCUUAUAAAAUUUUGGGAAGCAUUCCUGCCGGAGGCAAAGGCAAUAGCUUAAUGAAGAGGAAGAUUUUUUUCUUUUUAUUUCUUUUUAAAGACCCCAACUGCCUUUUUGAACAUCUGCCUCUUUACAAGGAGCUGAGAGGACAAUUUUGAAAUGCAAUUUAAAAAAAAAAAAAAAAAACCUUCCAUCCAUUUUUCUUGUAUUUUUACUCACAGUAUAUUCUUAUUUUGUACAGAACUUUGAUAUUAUAAGCUGCCACGUGUACAUGUCAUGUCCUUAACAAAAUUCCUUGUUUAUGUCUUGGACUGAAAGAAAGUUAAGGCAAGAUUUCAGCUGACAAUAACCGAGCCAUUGUAUUUGUAAAACCCAGUGUGUAAACUCACUAAACGGUGUGUUUUUCCACACACACACACACACACACACACACACACACACACACACACACACACACACACACACACACACACACACACACACACACACACACACACAUAUAUUUUCUUGCUUAAACCAGUCUAUUUAACCAUUAAUACUAAGGUACCGCCCGAAUUAACAUUGUCUAUAGUUUACAUGGGAAGACAGGCGGAUGCAAGUCAUUCCACUCUAACAAAUGUUUAUGGAUCCAUGUCAGAUAAUGGUUUUAUACACUAAAAUUUGUUGCAAAGAAGGAAAAGCUAUAUUCUUUUUUUUGGACAAACACCACUAUUAAUGACUGAGGUCAUCUUUCAGAAGUAUUAUCGCAUUGUUACAGCAUAUCAAACAAUGCUUUUGACUGAAAGAAAUUAUGUUAAGCUACGGCUUUAACAAGUUUACACACUUGAUGAAAUUAUUACAAAAUGAUAUAUGAAUUGUAAGGCUAUAGUGUUGAAAAUGCAAUCUUCUUUGUUAUAUCGUUGAUGUAUAUGUACUAGAGUCUCAUGUAUUGUAUUAAUAGGUUUGGUCCAGAACCGUUUCAACUUAUGCCAUUUAUUGUCAGAGAACGAUGCCGAAGGAAGCUAAAUUGGAACUCUGCACAGGGUGUUUACCAACUUUGAGUGAUUUUUGAACAUUUACGCAUGUGCAGUGCCUGCACUGAACCAUGCAAAUAUUGUUGGGUAUCAUUUGUAAUUGUACAUUGUUUGAUAAUUUCAUUUAUCACUGAUGCAAAGAAACAAACUGAAGUGAUAUAGCCCCUUAUUUUCUAAAUCAGCAUUUGAAAGUGUAGUUCCUCUGUCAUGUUAUAUUUACGUAAGAAUGUGUUUUAUUUUUUUAACCACUUUGCAUUAAUACAUACAUUUUCCUGGUAAUGUUAUAUAGGUAAAUGCUCAGAAUAAAUGAGGAUUGAUUAAA